ACUUUUUCUUACACACAAAGAAACAAAAACUCAACCGUUUUCUCUCUCGUUUAUCAGUUCUUGUGUUUGCUUUCUUCCUCGAUUGACCGACUAUGUCUUCUCCAAAGAAGAUCUCGUUGAGGAGUUCCGAUGGCGAGGUUUUCGAGGUGGAGGAGGCGGUUGCUUUGGAAUCGCAGACCAUCAAGUUUUUGAUCGAGGACGAUUGCGCUGGCUCAGAUAUCCCUAUUUCUAAUGUCACAAGCAAUAUCUUGGCAAAGGUACUUGAGUACCUUAAGCUCCACGUGGAAGCCUCGUCUAAGACAGAUGACAAGGCCGCCGCUGACAAUGAUUUGAAGGUCUUUGAUGCUGAAUUUGUUAAAGUUGAUCAGAAAACUCUCUUUGACCUCAUUCUGGCUGCCAACUAUCUGAACAUCAAGGGUUUGCUUGAUCUUACCUGUCAGGCUGUGGCAGACAUGAUCAAAGGGAAGACCCCAGAGGAGAUUCGCAAAACUUUCAAUAUCAAGAACGACUUCACUCCAGAGGAAGAGGAGGAGGUUAGGAGGGAGAAUGCUUGGGCAUUUGAAUGAAUUGCUGCCAAUGUUUUCAUAUUCUGGUGCUGGAGUUGGAAUAUUAUGUAGUAGUAGAUUUCUAUCAACAAUCGUUAUGUUUGUAGUAAUUAUGUU